AUGGUAUCGAUCAGGGAAUUGAUCUUCAUUUGCUGUUUCGUAUUCGGCCUAUCUUUUGGUCAGGUGGUUCAAAUCACCACACCUGUAGACGUUGGUGAAAAGGGUAACUGUACUUGUGGAGGAUUCCCUUCAUCCACGAUAGAUGGAACAGUCGAGCCGCUUCUUUCUCAGGCUCCAGGCAUAGGCGUUAAGUGCGAUGACUCCGGCGAUGGUAUCUGCAAGAGUCUUUGUGUUGCAUUAGCCACCGCUGCAGAAGCUAGGGGACCAGAAAUUUUGUGUGCGAGACUCAAAGACGCUAAUGAGCUGCAGUUGUCAGCAUUUUAUAAGAUAUGCGAUAGGCCGUGGACCUACGCUGGUAUUUCGGCACAAGGAGCCCUUUGCUGUGAGAACGGAAAUGUCAAAGUUUGUCCUUCAGUCGAAAAUGCUACCGCUUCCCCUGAAAAGAAGCUGGAGUAA